CUCAUCCAUAAGCAAGGGGGUCCGCGUAGGGGAGGGGGGCAGGCAGCUUGCUUUUAGAAACGCACACACGGCGAGGGGCUUCAUUCUCAACCCAAAGAUUCAGGCUAACGCAUCCACCCCAUUUUAGAGUCAAGGAAAAGGGGAAGGUACCAGGGCACCAGACUCCCCACAGUGUCCAUGUUUCUUCUGUCAUGUCUAUGCGUAUCUGAGCGUUCUACCCACCGCAACCAAGCAGCAAAUCAAGGCCGGAACUAGGAUCUAUCUAUUUACCACAGGACUGUCACGAACGGUUUUAGACGUAAAGGUUUGUCCUAUUCGUCAUCAUGUUCUGAGAAAAAUCAUCUCAUCAUUCCAGGUUUUGAAAAUCCAACUCAAACUGAAAAACAUUUCCACGUUGAUGAACCAAGCGUCGGUCAUGUUCUGCACCUGAGCAGCAGUAGCCUCUAUUCUCGGCACGGACUGUUACCACGACGGCAACUUUUAGAACAAGUUAAACCCUCUCAUUGACUGAGUGGAGGGAAAAGAGAAAUCUUUAAUCGAAUAAAGUUUUUCCGUUUCUUCCCAUUUUUAUCUGCAUUACAAAGGCGAAACGGCGACUUCCAUUGAUUACCCGUCUUUCCUUUGCUAUCCGAUGGAUAUUCACUGCAAAGUAGACCCGUUCUCAGCGAUGCACCUCUCCCAUAUAGGGCACGGCGGUGUGAACCAGCUAGGCGGGGUGUUUGUCAACGGCAGACCCCUACCUGACGUGGUGAGGACAAGAAUCGUAGAACUCGCGCACCAAGGAGUGAGACCCUGCGACAUUUCGAGACAACUACGGGUCAGCCACGGCUGUGUCAGCAAAAUACUGGGCAGCUAUCAAAAGGAUUUUAAAAGAUACUACGAGACCGGAAGUAUAAAGCCAGGAGUUAUUGGGGGGUCCAAACCAAAAGUGGCGACUCCAAAGGUUGUGGAUAAAAUAGCGGACUACAAGCGCCAGAAUCCGACCAUGUUCGCGUGGGAAAUCAGAGACAGACUGUUAGCUGAGGGCGUCUGUGACAACGACACGGUUCCAAGCGUCUCGUCCAUUAACAGGAUAAUACGAACAAAAGUCCAGCAGCCUUUCCACCCGUCUCCAGAUGGAACAUCCCUGUCUGCACCAGGCCACACCAUGGUACCGAGCCAGGCUUCUCCACCUGUAACAAGCCCUUCCAACGACCCUGUGGGGUCCUACUCCAUCAACGGCAUCCUGGGUAUUCCCCGGUCAAACGGCGAGAAGAGGAAACGAGAUGAAGAUGGUUCAGAUGGGUCUGGCCCAAACACUGAUUCUCAGGUUAGUGUGGACAGUUUACGGAAGCACCUGCGGGCCGAUGCUUUCACUCAGCAGCAGCUGGAAGCUUUGGACCGGGUCUUUGAACGCCCGUCGUACCCCGACGUCUUCCCAACCUCGGACCACAUCAAACCAGAACAGGCUAACGAGUACUCCCACUCCCACUCCCUGUCCUCCCUGAAUCCUGGUCUGGACGGCGAGGUCAAACCCAGCCUGUCCUCCAGCAGUAACCAGAACCUGGGCCCCAGUGUCUCUGUGACGCAGAGCUACUCUGUAGGUCGAGACAUGGCCAACACAACCCUACCGGGUUAUCCCCCUCACGUACCCCCCACCGGCCAAGGCAGCUACCCCACCUCAACACUGGCCGGAAUGGUUCCUGGGAGUGAGUUUACAGGAAAUCCUUACAGUCAUCCACAGUACACAACCUACAACGAGGCAUGGCGAUUCAGCAACCCAGCGUUACUAAGUUCCCCUUAUUAUUAUAGUGCCACAUCCAGAGGUUCCGGACCACCUACUGCUGCCACGGCAUAUGACCGCCACUAGUUACCAUGGAAACCAAAUCAACCACCACCACCACCACCUACACCACGACUACAACCAUGGCUUCGGCAGCGUCCAUGUUGCCCCGGUGUGAACAGAGGGCAUGAGGGGAUACCGUUAAGACAGCUAACAGGCAGCUCCAUUUCCUGUAUAUCACACUACUACACACAACAGAAGAACUGUCCUCCUGGAUACUACACUACUACACACAACAGAAGAAGAACUGUCCUCCUGGAUACUACACUACUACACACAACAGAAGAAGAACUGUCCUCCUGGAUACUACACUACUACACACAACAGAAGAAGAACUGUCCUCCUGGAUACUACACUACUACACACAACAGAAAAAUACCUGAUCGUUCAGGAUACCAUGCAGACAACUUCCCAUCAACCAUGAAUUUGGAUAACUUCAAAGUAGUGAAAAAUGUAAAAUUCUUCGUUCUGAUCUGCGUGACUGUACAUUACCACUAGAGACUUUGAAAGACUAUAUAUACGUGAUACUACUGAGGUUACUGAGGUAAAAAAAAGAAAAGUCAAAGUUUUGAAAAUGACAAGGAGGAAUUUGUAUCUUUUCCUUUUUUGUAAUGGUCCUCCGUUUGUUUUUCCUCCUUCAUGGAUCAAAACGUUCCUUUACUUGACUGAUCUGUCGGCUGACGGAGGAACCCGUCCUGAGCUGAGAGUCCAGAACAGUAUAGUAGCAGGCUGUUGUUCCCUUCCUUCUGCAUCGGUCUGAACAUUCUACUCAAAGGGCAGUGCAAUGAGAUCCAUGCUAAAGACAUUGGCGUCAAUGCGACUAAGGCUGCCGCAGCUUGGUUCUACUCCUCUAUUACAAACAAACGUACAGUCAUUUUGUAACCAACCAAACGUUCAGCAUGAUUAAAUGAAUCAGUUGCUUUUUUUGAUGAUGAUGCCAGGAGCAGAUUAUAAGGCGGUGUUCUCUGUGAUACACAAUCAGACGGGAAAAAAAGAAAUGAAAAAAGAAAACGCUGAAUUGAUAAAUGAGAAGGACAUUGUGACAUACCGUGGUCUUCUAAUUUACAAGAUUUAAAAAAACCCUAGUAAAUAUAUUCUUAAAGAUUUUUUUAUUUUGUUUUUAUAAUUGUUAUUGACAUCUUAAUGAAUUGCAGAUAAUAUGCUUGACUUUUUGUUGUUGUCAUUUUUAUUUGUCAGGAUACUAGAAAUAAUCAGGCAGAAUCUAUUUUGUAUUUGUUUUUAAUUUUGCACUAUUUUUGAGUUUUGACACACUGGGAGCGCUAUUAUGCAGGCGUUUGAACCUGGAUGCCUAUUUGUCUUGUUUUACAGUAUAUUAUUAUUUUUGAAGAACCGUUCAAAGGAAGAAGA